GAUAAACAUAAUAUUACGGUAUGCUUGGCUAGUUGUUGCUUAACGUCGACGGAUGGCCUGGGCUCAGGGAGCCGCAGUGAAGAGAACAAAGUUUCUUAAAGCCAUACCAAAUUAGAUGCCACCAAAUACACAGAAGGGUGUUAUUAAAGCUUGUGGCGGUCUAUCUGACAGUAUGGAGAAGAGCAUUGCUGUUGAUCCAGAGCGUUCUGCUUUUACUUCAGCCAUAGUCGCCGCCCUCAAGGAGUUGGAGUCGAGGAAGUCCAUGCCUGUUCAUGAUCUGGGUCAACGGGCAUACGAAAAGCUGCAGUAUGACCUCCCACUUGUCUCACCGGAAGAGCUGGAGGGCCUCGCGGAUACUCUGCGGUGCGAAAAAGGGGGCAACUUGGUUGGGCAGGUAUAUUCCGCCUCCCGUAAAUUGGUGGAGUCCCCGGCCACCGCCCUCCCUCUUUUGCUGGCGCACCAACAAGGGUCUUCUAAAUCACUUAACGGCUUGUUAACUCUUCCCAACCGAUUCAGCUUGGUUGUGCAACAUCCCAGGGCUACACCCUUACCCCAUGCUUUCCAUGCUCCUCUUCCUAAUCACCCACAGCUCUGCAUUGGAGCUCAAAUCCGGUCAGCCGCCCUUCCCGCUGACAUCCAAGGUGCUAGAAAACAUCGUCUCAGGCGCGCGGCCACCCCUAGCGCCCGCCAACGCGGUUCCCGCCACAGCAGCAACAGCAACAAAAUCACCUGCGGUGGCUGAGUCGGGCUCUGCAAACGGCUUUGGCCCCAGCGACCUCGCCGACAGUGGGAGCCACCGCCCAGCCAGCUCAGGAGCCUUACCAAACGGCUCAACACCGCAGCCACAGCCCACAUCUAGCUCCGAAACCAGCGCUUCGUUAGGAACAGAGGGAGAGGGGGGCGCCUCUAAGCAGCAGCAACCGGCAUCAGCUGACGGUGCAGAAGCAGCACCAUCAGCGGCAGCAGCGGUGCCGAACGGCCCCAGUUCCUCGCUGGCCACCGAGCUGGUUGCGACGACAGAC